GCGCGCAUGCGCUAGGCGGUCGACGGAAGCCGCCGCUGCCUCGGUGUGAGUAGGUGUGAGUAUGUAUGCGUGUGUGUGUGUGUGUACGUGCGCUGUCUUUCUCGGUCGUUGCUGCUCCUUCAAUGAACCGCACCGACUCUCACUCCUCCAGCUACCUCUCCCUCCACCGGCGGCGUUCAGCAAACUGAAUGCUCUGUGUGUGAAACAGCAGGAAACAGGCUCCUCUUCCUGAAGGACAACCCCGAAGCCUGGGCAUUAUCGGAGUGUGUUGGAGCAUCAUGUGGAGGAAAGCUUCAGCAGCGGCCCUGCUGGCAUUAGCUGUUGGCUAUUUCUACCAUGGCGGCCCGGACCUGCCAGAGCAGAUUCUGCAGUACAUCAGCCUGCCAAUCAUUCAUUCAUCACAUCACAAUCUGAACAGCCAGAACAGCCUAGAGCAGGUGAUCUCUGCUGCCUGGGAGUCUCUGAUAACUUUACCAACCCGACAGUGGAGCAAAGUGGCCGUAGGCGUGAAUGCCUGUGUUGAUGUGGUCGUCUCUGGAGUGGGACUGCUGCAGGCCCUGGCAGUGGAUCCUGGCACCGGCCUGGAUCACGAAGUGUUGCACUCCAAAGAGGACUUGAAGGAAGCCUUCAUCCAUUACAUGGGGCAUGGAGCAGCCGCCGAGCGCUUCUUCAGCAACAAAGAGGUCUUUCAUAGGAUUGCACGUGCGGCAGCAGAAUACCCCGGUGCGAAGCUGUAUGUGGGAGGGAACGCUGCCCUCAUCGGUCAGAAGCUCGCCACCUACCCUGAUCUGAUGGUUUUGUUAUGUGGGCCCGUUGGUCCUAAACUUCAUGAGAUGCUGGAUGAGCAGAUAGUCGUUCCCCCGGGUUCUCUCCAGGACAUGGAUGAAUUUCACCUCAUCCUGGAGUAUAAAGCAGGUGAAAGGUGGGGUUCAACUCACGCGCCUCAAGCCAACCGCUUCAUCUUCUCUCACGACGUGUCCAACGGGGAGAUGAGCUCACUGGAGACGUUCGUGGCGAGUCUGGAGGAGUUUGAGCCUGACCUGGUCAUCCUGUCGGGGCUGCACAUGAUGGAGGGUCAGGGCAGAGAGCUGUGGGAGGAGCGGCUGAAAGAGGCUGUGUCAGCCAUAUCUGACAUUCCUAAAGAUAUUCCCAUCCACCUGGAGCUGGCAAGCAUGACCGACAAAGACUACAUGAACACCAUCAUGAAGGAGCAGUUUAUGCCAAUUGUCAGCUCCAUUGGGCUGAACGAGCAGGAGCUGCUCUUCCUCUCUCAGGCCAGUGAGGGGCCUCAUGCAGACUUGCCUGCCUGGAAAGGCACCCCGGACAUAGGCCAGGUCAGCGACAUCCUCCUCUGGAUCCUGGAGCAGCACGGCCGCAGCGACCCAUCGUCAGAGGCGGACCUCACUCGCAUUCACUUCCACACGCUGGCCUACCACAUCCUGGCUACAGUGGAUGGAUACUGGGGGAACCAGGCGGCUGCGGUGAUGGCUGGAGCACGAGUGGCCAGCAGUCAGGCCUGCGGUCUCCGGUCUGUCGACGUUAGCAAAGUGGAGCUCAGAGCCCCACUGGAGUUUCACGGCUCGUACUUUGAGCCGCGAGAGAAGCUGUCCCUGAACCCAGCAGAGCCCGUUACGGUGUGGCGCCGCGGAAACGUCACCUUCCACCUCACGCCGGUGCUGGUCUGCAAAGAGCCGCUUCGGACAGUUGGGCUCGGGGAUGCCAUCUCAGCAGAGGGACUAGUUUACUCAGAGUUAAAGACCCAGCAGCCGUUCUGAGGUUUGCUUUAAUCAGACACUCCUGGUCUGGAAAAUGUUGAUGGGAUGUGCUGAAAAGGCCCAGUGAAGUUCGACUUGCAGCUGGGGGUGUUGGGUUGGAGUCGUGUUUCUGAACCAGUUCAAACCUCUGCGUCCUGAACCAGGUUGUGUGUCGUUCUUCCCAAAACUCCUCUGAGUUUAAGAAUGUGACCAAUGCUGACAGUUUUAAAUCCUGCCUGAUGACUCCUCCGGCCUAUUUCGGGCUCCGCUUUUCCUCCCUCCUUUAAUUCUCCGGCUGACGCAGAAACUGAGGCAGAACUUUGCAGAACUGGAUCUGACUGGGCUGCGAGGCGACCUGUCUCUAUGCACUGGUAACAGAUCAAAGCCAUUUCCACAAACUUCAGAGAGUUUUAUUGGCUCACCUAAUUUACUUUGACCUGCAUAUCUUCAGUACGCUGUGCCUUGAGAAAAUAAAAGAAUUUUAAAAGUUUAUCUGAAAUAUUUUAUUCCGAUUUCAGAGCCAAACAAACUUAAUAUUAAGCUUCACAUCAGUUAUCCCUCUGAGAUAUCUAAACACACACAUGUAAAUGAUUACGUUUGAUGGGAAAUCAAUUAGCGUCUUACUAUAUAGUAUUCUUGAUGUUCUUCGUUUCUUUUAAAGUUUCAUAGCAUUCACGUCAAAUAGUCACUGGACCACUCGAACGUUCAUUCUCCCAUGGGUGUCUGACUCACCUAGAUAUACUUGACAUUUUUGUUACUUGUCCCGAGAGGAUGGAAAUGCUAGAAUGUUCGACAGCUUUUGUGUUUUUCUUGGUUUCUGGUCCAAACACUCCCACUAUAAAGAUGUUUCAGUUUUAGAAACUCCUUAGCACAGACAAAAAGUUGUUACAUAUUCCGAUCCAGAGUCCUUGUUCAUUUUUGAUCAAAUAAGGAAAUGCUACACUUGAUUUUGAACAGGAUCCUUCUUUAUGCAGAAACGCUCAGUUUACAAUCAGAUGCCAGCUAAUUUAAAAACUUCAGCUGGCCAUAAAUUAAGUUAAAGGGUAAGAUAGAACUUAAAAUUAUGGUGUAGGUCAUAUGUUAUCAGGGUUACUGUACUUGUUUGUUUGCUUCCUGUUUUGUUUUGUACAAAUUCUGUGUUUUCAGGUAUUGCUUUCCCUCACUUCUAAAAUGUGAUUAUGUAACAUGAUUGGCUGGAAAAUCUUAAAAGCUUCCUGAUUCAAAUCCUAGCAUGUAAGUAAAUGAUACUUUUCCAUAGGUUGUCUGUUGUUUUUUGUGAAUUUAUUUCGAAACGCGUGCAUCAGUAUGUAACUAUCAGAACAAUGUGUUUGAAUACCUCAAAUGGCCACUGAAGGCAUGCAAUAAUAAUGGAGUCUUAAUGCAAACAUACAACAGAACAAAAAUUGUAUGGCAUUUAGCAGAAUUAAUUCUUUGCACUAGUAGGAAGUGGCAGGUGUGCCUGCAAAGGUGAAUGUAACCUUAACUCCAACCCCCCCCCCUCUUUAUUUUUGGCAAGUACAAUCUAUUCAACUUUACUCAUUUCAUAGUUUGUGUCUUGUGUUUUUAACAUUUGUAACUGUCAACACAUUUCAUUCACUUGUAGGUUGUCAUUAAAAUGUGUAUGGACA